AGUAGUAAUUCAGACCUACACUUUUACAGGAGAGUUACUAGCAAUUAUGGUAGCAAUUAAUAAAAUAAAUUAAAUGGGUUUUAGUAAAACUUUAAUAUGCUCAGAUUCAAGUUUGGCCUUGAUGUGCCUGGAAGCUCAGAAAUCAGAUACUAGACAAGAUAUUGUUUUGGAAAUCCUACAGAUUUUGUUCAUGAUGCAAUAGGAAAAUAAGAUUUUUAGAAGUUUUUAUGGGUUCCGGCACAUACUGGAGUAGCAGGAAAUGAAGCAGCAGACAAGUUAGCAAAACAGGCUAUGGCAAAAGAAACUAUAGAUAUGGAAAUUAAAUAUAGCAAAUUAGAAAUCAAAUCAAUAAUUAAAAGGGAGAUAAAUAACAAUUGCCAAAUGUACUGGGACAAUGAGGAAAAGGGUAGACAUUUAGAUUCAAUGCAACCAGUGGUAGGUAGAGGAAGGAAGUCAAGUGGAAAAAGGAAGAAAGACUUCAUUAUUUCUAGAUUAAGAUUGGGACACACAGGACUUAAUUCAACAAUGCAAAUAAUAGGGAAACAUCAUACAGGUUUGUGUGAAUGGUGUGGAAUAAGAGAAACAGUGGAGCAUGUACUAAUUAAGUGUAAUAAAUAUUCAGAGGAAAGAAGUAAGCUAAGAGAAGAACUGCAGAUGGAAGGUAAUCAGCAAUUAACAUUAAGGAUAAUUUUAAAUUCAGUAGAAGGGGGCAGGUUAAUAAUAAAGUUUUUAAGAAGAACCAAUUUGAUCCAUAGAAUAUAGAAGGGUUAUAAAUGUAUACAAUUUGUUUAAUACAGUUAAAUUAUUAUACUACUAUCAAUUAUUCAUUUUUUUUUUUCAUAUAUAUGUAACAGCAUCCCUCUCUGGAAUGAGAUGGACUUUGCCGUAGAUGGAGGAGCUGAACACGCAGCAACAUUGAAAGCACGAGUCCUGAUCGUUCUGGUAGUGGUGAUCUAGUCUAGUGUAUUUUGUCUCUGAUCUAUUACCCACAGUAGAUGGCGGUAAUGCUCUUUUUUAGAAUGCGAACCGCCAAAUAAGCACAAAGAAGAAGAAGAAGAAGAAGACGAAGAAGAUUUACACUCCAUACCAGUUGGUGGCGGUAACGCACCUUUUCGUUGUGUGCCAACCGCCAAGAAAAACUCCAGAAAGAAGGAGGAGGACCAUAGACAUAUGUCUAUGAGGAGGAACACUACACAGUGUUUAGACGUACUACCUAUGAGCCGUGUGUCUUAAUUUUAUUAAUUUCAAUUUCAACCAUGGUAAGCCGGUGCUGUAUUGUGGGGUGUAAGAGCGCAACACAUAAUCGCAAAGGGGAAAAACUUGAAAAUGGAUUAACUUUCCACCGCUUUCCUGCUUGGAGACGCGACCACGGAGAACAAGUAUCCCAGAUUACAAAGAGUCGUCGGCUCGCUUGGGUCGCGGCUGUAAAACGUAGAAACAUUACAUUCCACAGUAUCCCGACGUCGAUGAGAGUGUGUUCCCUGCAUUUUCAUUCUGGCAAACCAGCCUAUGAAAUGUAUGAGUGUCAUCCUGACUGGGCACCAACAUUACAUCUUGGGCACACAGAUGUUAAAGCAGUGAAUCCUGAGCGGUAUAAACGUAGGACAAGGAGGAAACAAGGUCUCAAACAGAACACUGCUGCACCUGCAACAUCACCAGAUCUGCCUGACAUAAUAGUGGAGAUAGAUGAUGUACCCCUGGUUAAAGAAGAACCACUGGAUGAAGAUGCACCACCAGAUGAAGUUUCACAGAGGUUACAGAUGGAUGAGGCUGCACCAAAGGAUGAACUUGUAGAACAGAAGGAAUGUAGUUUCUGUGACUAUAGUCCAGAAGCUGACCCGCCGGGGCCUGAUGAAGAUAUCGAGCAACCCGUCAUGGUCCCGACGGUCCUAGACCACGACUACUACGGGGCUUGGGCGCCGCGUUCCAAACUUUUAUACAUAAGUGAAAGCAAACCAGCCUAUGAAAUGUAUGAGUGUCAUCCUGACUGGGCACCAUCAUUACAUCUUGGGCACACAGAUGUUAAAGCAGUGAAUCCUGAGCGGUAUAACCGUAGGACAAAGAGAAAGCAAGGUCUCAAACAGAACACUGCUGCACCUGCAACAUCACCAGAUCUGCCUGACCUAAUAUUGGAGAUAGAUGAUGUACCCUUGGUUAAAGAAGAACCACCAGAUGCAGAUGAAGUUUCACAGAGGUUACAGAUGGAUGAGGCUGCACCAAAGGAUGAACUUGUAGAACAGAAGGAAUGUAGUUUCUGUGACUGUAGACGUGCUGAAAUGAACCACUUAUUAGAGGAGAACAGGUUACUGAAGGAAGAGCUCUCCAAAAAGACGAUCUCUGAGGAUUAUUUGGGAGAUGAUGAGAAGGUCGAGUACUACACUGGACUGCCGUGUUUAGCUGUUCUGAUGGGUGUGCUGACGAAGCUUCUUCCCUGCCUGAAACAGACACGAUGCAAACUAUCGCCUUUUCAGAUGCUCUUCCUAACUCUGAUGCGCCUGAGGCUGAAUCUGCCAAUUCAGCACGUUGCACAUCUCUUCUGCAUAGAUCAAAAGACUGUGUCCACAACGUUCAGAGACACCAUAGGUGCCUUGUUUACCCACCUCAGCCCUUUGGUGCACUGGCCAGAGAGACAUUGCCUGAAGGGUGGCAUAUUACAACAGUUUGUAGAAGUUUUUGGGAAUCAUGUUGCGGUUAUUGUGGACUGCUUUGAAAUGAACACUGAGAGAGCAUCAAAAGAGAAUUCUAUAGCACAGACAUCUUCACAAAAGCACACACUGAAGUAUCUCAUUGGCUUUACUCCACGUGGAGCUACUGCUUUCGUUUCUAAAGGGUGGGAAGGGGGUUUCAGUGACAAGGAUGUGAUUGAGAGUAGUGGCCUUCUUGAUAAGCUAUUGCCUGGAGACUUAGUGCUGGUGGAUCGUGGAUCUGACACCGGGGACGUCGUUGGACUAAUGUGUGCAGAAGUGGAAAAUCAAAAGCUGGUUCCAAAAGAUGAGGUGGAGACACGUAAGAUAGCUCACCUCAGGGUCCAUUUGAAGAGGGUGAUCGGAUGUGUGCGCACAAAGUACACCAUGUUAAGUGAGGCCGUACCAGUGAGCAUGAUAGCCCCAUGUGAAGAUGAUGGAAUGAUAUUCCUUGACAAGGUUGUGACUGUGUGCUGUGCCCUUACUAAUAUGUGCCCCAGUGUUAUGAAACUGGAAAACAUGACAUAAACUGUACAUACAACAAAAUAAACGAGAACUGCUUACACUUUAUUAUCGUCUCUCAUACCACAUUACUAUAAUAAAUGAUGAAAAAUUA